UCACGUGCUCCAACGUCUGUCAACAUGAGUGGGUGACUGCUGUUCAGGGAUGUGCGCGAGUGACCAGCAAUUAUUCAUUUUUAAAUAUAUUUAGAGAAGUUACUUUUUGCCAACGCUGAAGUUACAAUGAACCGCUGCAACCGCAGUUUGUAUCGCCGGAAACAGAAGAUAUUUUCACUAGCCUUGCGCUAGCUUACUGGAACUCAGCGUUUAGCUUGGCGCUAGCUAGCUAACGUUAGGCGAGCAGCGAUAGCACCAGCCGAUGGAGCGCCUCGUUUCACUUUCAACGUUGCUUUUCUGGCAAAAUAUCCCUUCUGGUUGACCUGCGUUUUAAAUACGCGAUAGCAUCGUUUGGGCUCUAUUUAAGUAUCUACAUGUCACGCUUGUGCGGUGUGUCUGGUACCAACGUUAGCUCGUAUUUUCGAGGUCGAGCCAGCGAAUGUCACCGGUGCACACGAGCUCCUACAUUAGCAUUUGGUUCUGAACGUUGCAGUGUGUAAACGAGUAGCUCACAGUUCUUGUAACUUCUAGUAACCUUUUGAGGCGACGGCUUCAUUCAUCGCCGAACAGUCCCCGCUGACGUGGAUGUCUGAAGCAGGAGAAUGAGUGUGCGCUCGACGGGGAGAAGAUGCCACCAUCUUUCGCCGAACGCCGUCCGGCUUAACGUAUCAAUUAGCUGACUGUCAACCGCUGGGGAGCAUCGAGAAGCACACAAGAGUCCGUGACACGCGUUAUCCAGCUCUUCUGUCCCAUGGCUGCGGUUGGUGGACCCAGCAUGCGGCCUCAGCUCGGAGACGGGGCGCCGGCGGGUCCAGCGUCCGUCGCCAACACGUCCGCGUCCCCGACUCCAGGUCCGGAGACCCGCGGGUGCGAGAAUGGCGCCCUGAUGGAAUCGUUCGGGAUCUUCCUGCAAGGACUUCUGGCCAUGAUGGCUUUCAGCAUCCUGAUGUUAAAACGCUUCAGGGAGCCAAAGCACGAGCGGAGACCCUGGAGGAUCUGGUUCCUGGACACCUCAAAACAGGCCAUUGGGAUGCUGUUCAUCCACUUUGCUAAUGUCUACCUGUCAGACCUUACAGAGGAGGAUCCUUGCUCUCUAUACCUCAUUAACUUCCUGUUGGAUGCCUCUCUGGGCAUGUUGCUCAUCUACGCUGGGGUGAGAGCCGUCAGUGCGAUUGUAGAGUGGAGGCAGUGGGACUCCCUGCGUUUCGGUGAAUACGGCGAGCCAGUGCAGUGCACAGCUUGGUUGGGCCAGUGUAUCCUCUACAUCCUCAUCAUGGUGUUUGAGAAAGUCCUAAUCAUGCUGGUCCUCCUCAUCCCCGAGUGGAAGAAGCUUUCUCUCCUCAACCCCAUCGAGAACCCCGACCUGGAACUUGCCAUCGUCAUGCUCAUCGUUCCCUUCUUCAUCAACGCGCUCAUGUUUUGGGUGGUAGAUAAUUUUCUCAUGAAGAAGCACAGGACAAAAGCGAAGCUGGAGGAGAGAGAGGAGGACUCGCGGGGCAACAGCAAGGUGCGCUACAGACGAGCGCAGUCCCACGACGACUCGGAGUCUGAGAUCCUCUUCUCAGCAGACGAUGAAAUGGACGAGUCCGACGAAGACGACGUCCGGCGCCUCACCGGCCUGAAGGCCGUGAAGAAGAAGAAGAAGCUGCGCAUGGGGAUCCCGGUUUGAGCCGUGUGCCUCGCUGAACGGCUCCGAUCACAUGUCCUCCCGCUUGUGGGCCCCACACAGGCGCCGCUCCACUGAUCCAGUGUCAGCUUUAGGAGUGGACUCAAUCCUUUCAGACUCAAGAUGCCCUCUGACGCAAGAGUGUGCGGUAGUUACAGCCCUCCUGUUGUCGGCUCCUGAAGGAACUAACUUGACCACAUACUUAACACGCUGGGAGAUAUCUUUACGGUAAAGCAGGUACAUCGGAACACUGUUUCAUCUUGAUGUGACACUCCUGUGGUGAAGUGUUGUGUUUUUGAAAAUAAUUGUUAAAUCCUUCCUGUAUGCAUAAUAGGAAUAACCUUAACACUUGUCUGAUACUGUUUGGACCCGUGUGUGUGUGUCUGUGUGUGUGAGCCUAACCGGCCAAACAUCAUGCAAAACUGUUCAGUGGGUUUGUUUCAUGUGAUCGUCUAUCGUGUGGUGAUUGUAUUCCUGAACAUUUGUUACCUUUGUUUCCUCAUGUAGAUGUACCACCACGGCCUGGGAUGCCUAUACGUGUGUGUGUGUGUGUGUGUUUGUGUGUGAGGGUGUUCACAGACACGCCUCUAAUUAAGAAGCGCAUCACGUCAGGGUGCUUGAAUCACUGCAUUGAUGCAACGCAGAACUCUUUCCAGUCACACGCGUCACUGUUGUGUACUGUUACCAUGUCAAAGAGCACAAACCUUCCAUUUUUACCGCCUGUCGGACUGCAAGUACCUCACUGGUAUCAGCUCAGCGUGUGUCUGCCGUCUGUGUUUGUUUGGGACCGUUUCACUGAUUUGUGCGUUCUUUGUCUUUGCUCUCAUUUCAAGUUGUACGAGUCUGUUUUGCUUUCUUAGUUUUUGGGCCAAAAAGGUGACUGUGCUUGUCCCAAAAGUGUUCAUUCCUUAAAUCCAACGAGGAGAGUAGAUGUGGGAACCAUCUCUUGCACAAUUUCCAAUUUAUCAAAGCUUAACCUCUCCUUUUGUGUUUGUGGGAUUUUUGUGUUUUUGUUACAAUAAUGUGCCUGAGUGAAAAUACCAGCAGGUGUUUUUUCUUUUUUUUCUUAUAUAUACAUUUUGGGACUUUUUAUUCAGAGCUCCAGAUGUUCAGGCAUGAAGCAGCAUUCAGCUGGCUCUGAUGUUAAGAAUGUGACAUGCAUCGACCACAACUGUUCAGUGACUGUGAACCAGAUAGUUGGGAGAAAGUGUGUGUGUGUGUGUGAGCGUGAGUGUGUGUGAGAAAGAGAGAGAGGGCGAGUGAGCCUGUGUAAUAGCAUUUGCGGUUGCCAGUGUAAAUAUACAGUAUACCUGCAUGUACUGGCGUGUGCUGCAUGCAUGUGUCCAAGGGUUGCAGCAGUUGGCGGGAUGGCCGGUCCUGUCUCUACUGAACGGAGAGGGGCUUGUACUGUGACCGAGGCGCAGCGCGGGGAUGGCGAGGAUGAUUUCAGCUUGAUGUGUUUGACCCGUUGACAGGGAAUAAAUCGCACGAGCAUUUUGAGGGAGGAAAGGGAAGCAGUCGUGGUCAAUUUCUCCUCCGCUGGGACAAAGAGGGCUUUAUGUAUUUAGCGACGUGAAACUACGAUGGCAAGUGGUGUGGGGUAAAUUAUCACUACGAAUGCUUUUCCAAUAAAGAAUGUGAAACACUA